AUGCUCUUCAAAUUUCACUCUGCUUAUCAAAUGAUAUCUGAAUUGCUUCAAGGUGUGCUAGAUCACACCCCAAAUCCCAUCGAGGUACCCCAAUUGCCCAACCAGUUUCCUCUGAGUACCGAUUAUUGCCCAAUUGACGUCCCAUUGACUUGCUCGAAUAAGACAGAGGUCAAAGAUACGUGCUGCUUCGAACAUCCUGGGGGAGUUCUGGUGUUGACCCAAUUCUGGAAUUACUACCCUGCAAUUGGACCCGACAAGCUCUUCACGCUUCACGGAUUGUGGCCAGAUAACUGUGACGGGAGCUAUGAUCAGUUCUGUAGCAACUCAGAUACAAUUACAGAAGUGUCCGGCAUUCUCCGUUCCUUUGGUGAAGAAGAGCUGCUUGAGAAAAUGAAGCAAGUUUGGAAGAAUAACAAUCACAAUGAUGAACAACUGUGGAUUCAUGAGUUCAACAAGCAUGCUACUUGUAUGACGACAAUCCAAAGUAAGUGUUAUGACCAGUAUGAAAAGCAUGUUAAUGUGGUAGACUUUUUCAGGACUACGGUUGCCGUUUUCGAAACCGUUCCAACUUAUGACUGGCUGGCGAACAAUGGAAUUGUCCCCAGUACUGCUCAGACUUAUUCAAGACAACAAAUCGAGGACACUUUAACUGCUCAGUUUGGCCAACCUGUCCGUAUCUCAUGCAACAAGUACGGCGCUUUGGACGAAGUAUGGUAUUUCCACCAUUUAAAAGGAUCUGUCAGGAUGUACAAUAACAGUCUACCUGAUUUAUAUCCAAUUCCCGCAUUGGCAGAAUCAAGAUGCCCCGAGCAUGGUAUCAAGUAUUUGCCUAAAGAUUUCAAACCUCCGGCUCCAACUCAUACGCAGCCAAACCUGCCUCGUCCUACGGAUGGUGUAUACAAACAUGGCUAUUUGAAAUUGUCAGGUCAGUCAGGAUGUCUCAUUUCCACCGGAAAGUGGUAUACCAGCGGAACGUGUGCUACGUUCCAGCUUUUCAAGGCGCCGUUUGGGGGCUACAACUUGAAGUCCUCCAAGGGAUUCUGUGGUGUUACUGUAGAUGGAGAACUGAUAUGUCACCGUGGACAACAGCCAAUUCAGUUUGAAUUUGACAAGAGCAAGAACCAAAUCAAUUAUGGUGGUGUCCAUGUAUGGAGUGCUUUCAAUGAGCCUUCCAGGUUUGAGCAGAUCCCAAUCUUUUCUGGCAGGAAAGGAAGUAUUGUGUUCAAGCUCAUUCUAGAGGAAUGA